GAGCCAUCUUUUCACGCCUACUCCAAAACGAAUACAUCUCUAGUGGGAAUUCAGCGUGAGGAUGGUGACAGUCUCCGCCUCCCACGGUAGAUGAAUAAUCCCCGGGAAGUGUCAAGGGAUCGUCUACGUUGUUGACAUUUUAAAUUACAUGAGUAAAUGGUCGUUAAUUUUUGUAAAGUAGCUGAAAAAAGUGGAAUGAGGACUGAGGGGUACCAGUUCUUAAUGAUGAGUUCACCAAUUUCAGUGAAUAACGCUGGGGCGAGUUCAGGAGCACCUGGUAUGGAAACCGUCGUAGCAGUUGCACUAGGUGCACUAGCAGCGGUAUUUCUCGGGGCACUUCUUGUUCUCCUCGUUAUUUGUCGACGACAACGAUAUUACUAUAAUCAAAAAGAUUCUCAGGACCUGAACUCUGAUCUUCUCGAGGGAGACAAUGAUCUUGGUCUUGGUUUAGAAGCAUGGGAAGGAGAGGAAUGGCUUGCUGGAGCUGAAAGAUGGGUGGAUGAUGCUACUGGUCUAGCUCCUCCUUGUAUAGCAGUUCUGAGAUCCUGCCACUCACUAGCAGCGAGUCUCACUGCCAUUGCUGGAACUGUUAAUAGUAAUACAGUACCCCUUGAAAUAGUUGACGUUGCCAGGCGUAUACCACCCAGAGUAGAUGAUGUAGUACGUAGUCUGUAUCCACCACUGGAUGCAAGGCUCUUGGAAGCCAGAGUUGCAGCCCUUGUUUUGGCAGUCACUAAUUUGGCACUGGUGACAAAGCAUGGUGUGCCUAAGAAUCAGGCACGAAAACUGGCCUUCAUUGAUCAAGCACUUCAUGACAUGGAUUCCCACUUGUUGAUUUUACGAGAUGCAGCAUUGGCUCAGGAAGCAGCAUGUUCAAUCCCAGUGUCCACUUCGGUGUAAAGUCUCAAACAAAAACAACCAAGUGGAUGCAUAUUUGUAAGUUGAUUCCCCAGUUUAAAGUAUCACUAGUGGAUUUUUUUUUAUACCAGAGUGAUAAGUGUUCUAAUCACUGUAUACACGGCACAUUGUCAUGAUGACAGAGGAAAAUCGGUUUAGUAUUGUUAUUAAUUCCGAUAUAUAUAGUUAGACAAGAUUGCAUGGGACAUGUAAGAUAGUCUUAUUUUUAUAUUGUUAUACCUUGCAUACUACACAGUACACAUAGUGUUCUUUUGUAUAAAAUGAACUUCUUGUAUCACGAUUUUUGAGAAGACAAACUAUCUUUUUAUGCAUAAAACAUAAAGUUUUUACACUGUUUCUUUCAACGGAUUAUACCGCCGUGCAAAGAAUCUCAUAGUAUAAAAUACAUUUUAUAAUAAGAAAUCUUACCAGUUCGGUAAAACGUUACAUAACGAUGACGAUUCGUAUAGAAUGUCAUCGUGUCUUCCACAUUAUAACAGCAUUAUAUUCAUGUUUGAUGUAAGAUAUUUGUUAAUUAUAACAUAAAUGUAUAUAAUAUAUAUUUGAUAUACAUUAUAUUUUGAAAGAAUCAAAUUAACGAGAGGUGCCAUCGCUAAUCUCAAAUUUCAGUAAAGCCAUAGUUGAAAAAAGAA